GCUCCUAGACUUCUUCCUUGGUACCUCCGGAUUUAUGAUAUGGCUUUUUGAAGUGGACCCUCGGUUCUUAGGUUUCUUCCUUAUUGCUUCUGGCGUUUAUGGUGUGGAUCUUUUGCUUCGUUUCCCG